AUGCUCAUGCUCCGCUGCCCACUCGUUCUCACGCUGACUUCGCGCCGCCCCCUCCUCGGCAUGCGCACGUACCCCCUCCUGGGCAUGCGCACGUACCGUGGCCACGAGGACAUGCUGACCGCCAGCGAGGCGUGCCGCUCACUGUUCUCGUCGCCUGUCUGUGAUGCGUGGCACUCGCUCGUUCCUGAGCGGCCCCUCGGCAGCGACGCGGCACUUCAAGACGCAUUCGCCAAGCUCGACCUAGAUGGCAACGGCCAUCUCGAUGCGCGGGAGCUGAAGCAGGCGCUCCUCUGCGCCGCGAGCAAGACGGUCACGAUAGAGGUGGACAUCGACGACCGUGUGGACGAGAUGAUCGGCUGGGCGGACAUGUCGGACGAUGGUGUUGUCACAUUCGAGGAGUACAAAAAGAUCAUCCUCGCGGGCUGCGCGACCCGCGACGGAGGCCGGGUGAGCGUGCGCAAGGUCUCGGCCGUCGCCUCGGCCAUCUCGUCGCCGCGCACGGCAGGCGCCUCCGUCAACUCGACGACCUCCACGCGGGGACCGGACGGUGACACAAUCUACCUCUGA